AUGGCUCUUUUUCUUGGCCUUCUCUUCUUUCUUGUCUCUUCUGUCGCUGCUACUUGUGAUCGUUGUGUUCAUCGAUCCAAAAUUGCUUAUUACUACGAUGAUACACCAAUUCAAUAUGGAGCAUGUGGAUAUGGGCCAUUGGCAUUUGAAUUAUCCAAUGGAUAUGUUGCUGGUGUUGUUCCUUCCCUUUACAAACAGGGUGCUGGCUGUGGUGCCUGUUUUCAGGUAAGGUGCAAGGACAAGAGAUUUUGCAGCAGUGUUGGAACUAAAGUGAUUGCAACAGAUCAAAAUUAUGAUAACAGAUAUGACUUUGUCCUCAGCCAGAAAGCAUACUCUUCAAUGGCUUUAAAGAACAAGACUACACAACUUCUCAAUCUUGGCACAGUUGAUGUGGAAUAUAAGAGGAUACCAUGUACAUACAGAAACAAGAAUUUGUUAGUGAGAGUGGAAGAAUGGAGCCAAAAGCCAUACUAUUUGGCCCUUAAAUUCCUUUACCAAGGUGGCCAAACAGAAAUAACAAGAGUUGAAAUAGCUGAAGUUGGAUCAGAUGAUUGGGAAAGCAUGAAGAGAAAUUAUGGUGCAAUUUGGGAUGUAAGCAAACAACUUGAGGGAGCAUUGCAAUUGAAGAUAGUUGUAACUUCAGAGAACAAUAAAAUUGAGAAUUUAUAUUGGGCAGUAUAUGAUCUUCCUGAGGAUUGGCAAAAUGGAGAGAUUUAUGAUACUGGAAUUCAAAUUAAUGACAUUACUAAAGAAACAUGCCCAAGAAACCAGUGUGGUGAUUUGCCAUGGAAGUAA